AUGGAGAUCACACGAAAAAAUUUUAAACAGAUGCUGAAUUUUGUCACAGAGUCCAUCAAUGAUGCUGACUUUUUGUCUGUCGAUGGGGAAUUCACAGGGUUGGAUGCAAAAAAUGGAGGUCAUGCCAUGCCAUUUGAUACACCAGAAGUACGCUACCAGCGAGUGAGACAGGGUACAUGUGAUUUCCUACUUCUGCAGUUUGGUGUUUGUACCUUUCAUUAUAAUGAAGAAAAAUCAUUGUAUAAAGCCAGGCCAUUUAAUUUCUACAUUUUCCCUCGUCCUUAUUCACGAUCCGGUCCUGAUGUCCGCUUCUUGUGUCAGAGUUCAAGUAUAGAGUUUCUGGUAUCUCAAGGAUUUGAUUUUAACAAGGCCUUUAAAGAUGGUAUAUCGUACCUGACCCCUGGUGACGAAGCUAAUCUUCGAGAGGCAUUACAUCAGAAACACCAGCAAUUCUCACAGUUCUCGUCUCCAGCUUUUGUCACUCCAGAUGGGGUCUCUCAGGGGACAUCAAAAGGGCCAGUCAGCAUUCCAGAUGAACAGAAGGAAUUUAUCAAAGAAAUUUGUGAAAAAGUUUCUGAUUUUGUUGAAAAAUCUACUGAGGACAAACUGAGUCUACCAUCCUGUAAUGGGUUCCAGAGAAAAUUGAUUUACCAGUCUUUACGAGCUCAGUUUCUAUCAGGUAUACACUUGGAGACACAGACAGACGAGAAGAAGGAACGGCACAUUGUUGUAACUAGAAUAAAGAGUGAGGAAGACAUGAAGAGACGAGAGGCUGAGAAACAGGCUGCAGAGGUGACUGAUUUAGACAAUGCUGUUGGCUUCACCAAGGUCAUCCGUACAAUAUCUCAAUCUGGUAAGCUGGUAGUAGGACACAACAUGAUGCUGGACCUCAUUCAUAUACUGCACCAGUUCUUCUACCCACUACCAGAGAGUUAUGAAGAGUUCAAGGAUAUGUCCAUGUCUGCAUUUCCUAAAUUGUUAGACACUAAACUUAUGGCUAGUACAAGUCCCUUCAAGGACAGAAUCAUGAAUACAGGUCUGUCUGAUCUACAGAAGAUCCUGGAGUUCAAACCCUUCCAGAAGCCUCAGGUUGAAAUAGAAGAAAAGUUCAACAAAUAUACAACAGAGAAGGGACCGCUCCAUGAAGCAGGUUAUGAUGCUUACCUGACUGGAAUAUGUUUCAUCUGCAUGUCUAACUUCUUAGGUACUUUCCAGAAUCCGUCCCAAAAUAUUGUUCCACCUUCCUCGCCACUCAUCCAGCCAUUCAUAAACAAACUCUUCCUGAUGCGAGUUCAUGAUAUCCCUUAUCUUAACCUAGCUGGCAAGGAUUUGACUCCAAACAGGGACCAUGUAUUCCACUUAACAUUUCCUAAAGAGUGGAAGACAAGCGACCUCAUACACUUAUUCUCUCCCUUUGGUGGCUCACAGAUAUUCUGGCUAGAUGACACAUCAGCAUUCGCAUCACUUUAUUUGAAAGAAGAGGCACAAAAAGUUUUGCAGAACCUGUGUAAAAGCGGAACAGUAUACACUAUCAAGACCUACCAUCAAUACCAGCACAGUGAGAGUGGAAAUCAAGCGCUGUCACGCAAACGACCGACACCCAGCACAGAAAAUAACGUCCCAAAUAAGAAAAGAAAGUCUCUAAAUGUUGAAGCUGCCCCCUUUGUAUCUAGGUCAAUCACGCCUCCAAUACCAGAGGAAAAUACAGAGAACAUGGAUGAACCAAAUGGAAAGGAUGCAAACAACAUUAAAGCUAUGGAAACAGAAAGUAGCAAUGUUAAAGAUAAAAAGAAAGAGGAGCAAAUGUUUGUGGAACCAGAGGUUUGGUGAAUGUGACUUUUGACCAGGAAUAAAAAUAAAGUGCUAAAGACUAAUAAUGGUGAAUUUCACUAUGUGAUGUUGAUUGAUGGAAAUGUUGCAAUAUUUUCACGAUUACCUUGUAUAAUGAAAUAUCGUUAUGAAAUAAAUCAAGUAAAUUUGUC